CUCGACACUGCUAACGCGUCCUGUACCGUGCUCUUCUUCAUUGCACUUCGAUCUUCCAGUGCCAACAGGUGUACAGCCAGUUCAACCUCAGCGCUCAGCAACGCUCCAAGAAAUGACCAUGAAGUAUUCAUCAUCAAGCGGCAACUAUGGAUCUUUGAUUAUGUUGGCGUUGGCCGCACUUUUGGUUUUGGAAUUAACUACAACAUUUGCUUCAGCAUACCCAGCAAGGUACUCGGCGUACUACGCAUCGAUCCCUCUAGAAGAACAGCUGAUUGAAAGAAUUAAACAAGCCUUCAUUGAAGACAACGAUUUAGAAAACAAGAACCAUAUUGACCAGGCCAUAUCUGAUCUGCUCGAACUGAGUAAAGGAGCUUUCGACAUUUGGUUUCAACAUUAUCAGGAAAAACUCAAACUGAUGUUAAUUGAAAACAUCAGCGAUGGCGACAAAAAGCAAUCCAACGCCAAGAGGUCACAAAUUGCUGAACUUCGUGGCAGUCAGGUAAAUAGAUUUACCCUCGAUGGAACCUUAAAAAGAACAGCAGAUUUUGGUUCGCAACGAGACCACACAGGGCAAAGGGAAUACGCACUACGUACCAUUACUGAAAAACCGGAACUUGUACCUGAAUCAAAUACAAUGGAACCUAGAGUGCGAAAACAAUCUCUAGUGAAUUGUGCUGAAAUUAUGUCAAAAGCCCAGUUGGAUUUUGGAACCAGACAAUCAGAUGCCGGAAGUAUCGAAAAUUGUCUGAUGACUUUACGAACCGAACUGAACCAUUUAGGCAAAUAACGAUAAUUGAGUACAAGACGGCGUAAUCUGGAUUAUGAUGUUCCGCUUUUAGUUCAAUUUCUAGCUAAUAAACAUAUUUAUCUGACAA